AACUAUUAUUCACAUCCUGUCACUAUGAAUAAAAAAUAAAUUUAAAAAAUCACUGCGCAUCAUUGAUAUUUUUUUUUAAUGCACUAAAGUUUGCAGGCGUUUAUCGCAAAAAAAAAUGUACGCAAAGAACACAAUUUCACUGGCACAGUUAACCAUCUUUCACUACAAAAAAUCACGCCAAAAGCUAUAAAAUGCUGGGGUCGUGAUAAAAAUAAAGCGGAGAAAAAGAUUUAAAAAAUCCACUAGGGUAGAAGCUUCAGUUUUGGCCAGCCCGGAGUUUUGGCCAUAGUGCGGUAUUCAGCCUGUUACGAUCUAAAUCGGCAUAAAUUUAUUUUUUACUUAGUAGAUUCUAAUAUAAUAUGAUGAUUACAGCUGUGAAAACCAUACAUUUUGAUUAAAAAAUGGAAGAAAAAAAAUAUGUUUUCUUAAAAAAUUAGCUCCCAUAUAUCUAUUUUGGCCAGGGUGCUUCUAAUUUGGCCACUCCCAUAAGAAAAACACGCGAUUGGCCAAAAUAGAAACCAAAGCUGAGAAUAUGGCCAAAACUGCGGCAAUGCUUCUAUUUUGGCCAGCGCCACUUUUAAUACGAAAAUCAUGUAUUAACUUGAUUUCUGCAUUUUUCUAAUGAAAUAUAGAUUGAAACCUUUCAUUUAACACAUUGGUAGUUUUCAUUGGAUUAUUGGUUAUUUUUAUAAAAAUGAUUUCCCUUAGACUGGCCAAAACCGGUGCCCGCACCCUACCUCGCACUUUAAACUCAGUUACUAUCGAAAAGGGAAAAAAUUCGCGCCAUUACAACAGAACAAAACAAAACGGUGAGAAGCAGGCAAAAGAAAAAUGCAUUUACACAAAAAGAAUCACUAGCGAUUCAAAAUGGCCUGUUCUUAAAUGUGUUCUACUUGAUUAUCUUAGCAAAUCAAAGUGAAAAUUGUAUAUUUUAGCAGCGUAAAUACAAAUGUGUCAGGGCAAAAUAAACUGUCGAUUUGAAUCAACCUCCUGACCGCCUAAAAAUAUUGUAAAAACACACACACAAAAGGAUGCCACCGUGCAAAGUACGUUAUACCGUACACCUUAUGACAAAAAUUAGCAAACACCAUAAUACAAAAAAUUACAGGAAAAAUAUGGGCACAAAAUUGAAAAAAAAAACACUACGCAAACUAGCACUCAUUUCUUAAAUGAAAAAGUUUCACUAAACAUAGGCUAUUGUGUUUGAAAAAUAUGCCACAGCACAAUGGUUUGGAAAAAAAAACUCAAACACAAAUUCUCGCCACACAAAGUAAAACAAAAGCACAAAAUUGUUCUUCACACUAGUUGCACAAAAUAAAGCACGCUAUCCAAACGAAUAAAAAAUAAAAACUUGGUGGCCAAGCCACAUUUUGAUGGCAAAACUUUAUCCUCGUACGCCACUGUAACAUCCAUUAAAAGUUGCUGUGGAGGCAUUCUUUAGUGGUAAAUAAAGAAGACGACUGAGGACGUUUGUGGUCAAACAUAAACUGAAUCUUUAUUUCGUUUUCCUUUACAUUGUGCGUAACUCUCUAAUCGCAUGAGAACCCUCUCAGAGGGUUCGCCGAUUUUACCGAACACAACACAGAGUACUCGUCGUCCCUCCACAGCGCGUCGUCGGUCUUAGUAUUAGUGUGGAAUUAAAAGUGAUUUUUUCAGCGGGAAUCCGAACCGAGUGUGUUUUGGGAGGCAAAGUGGAAGUGCCGCUUUUUUUUUCUCGUUCGGGGUGCCCGCGUCGUCGUCGUCGAUUUGACUGUGCGCAGUGUCGUAAUCGGAGCGGUUGAGUGUUAUUUCGGAGACGAAGCCAGUUAGUGGAAGAUGCUGCAGGCGUUGGACACUUGGAUGGAUAUUUAUCGGUGAGCUCGUUCCAAUUUAUUUUUAUUUUAAUAGUUAAUGCAGAUGUAUAAAUUUGACCAUUAUGACAUAAAAUUUUGCUAUUUUUUUGUGUAUUUAAUUAGCAAAUAUUGGAAAGUUCGUGACGUCAUGUUUCGGCGCUAGUUCCCAGAGCACUUUUUGUUGAUAAUAAAUAUUUUUAUUUCAUUUUUUGCACUCACAUAAUAAUUUGAAUGGUUCGUCAUCUUCGGUGUCGAUAUUUGUAAUAUUUCAGCUAAAAUGAAUAAAUGUUUUAAUUCAAAUAAAGUGUCGCCAACAGUACCACCAGGUAAGCAUUUUUGCUCGGGUAUCGUUGGCGUCCCGACGUCGCACGUGGUUGCCAUGCCAACGGGGUGCAACCCAUCGCAGCGAUCGCAGCAAGCGGCGAUUCAAAUUUAUAUAUGUGAAAAUUUUCCACCUGCGAGCACGCGUGCAACUGAACGCUCUGAAUUGAAAAAUCAAACAAUUAAUGUAAAUCUAGACCUAAAUUAGUGAAUAAAUCUUAAAUUAUAGUUAAAACUAGUGUGUUAUUUUUUAAUUAAACAUAAGUGACUUUGGCGAAAUAAACAGGAGAAAAGCAGGUGAGUGUGACCGAGGCCCCCGUAUAGUGGCCUUUCGGGACUGCCAGCUGAAUUUUAUAUUGGUCCUUCGAAUACCAGGCGACAGUUUAUAUGGAGCAACAGUUGCGCCGCUCUGAAAGAGAAAACAAAGGUACAGUACCAAAGCGUUUCGAACAUUUUCUAAUAGGACUUCCGCGACCGUCGACCAUGCUUCGCACACCUGUUAGUCAACAGCAGCAGGCGAAAUCGAAUCAGCAAAAUGUCCCAGCUCCGACUCCGAAUGACACGGAGAACAACUUUGUUCCUGGUUCCCGUGUAUCGAUCGAUGCUGCCCUAUCUGGUAGGCGUUCGAACAAAAGCCGAUCUUCCCGUAUCAGCGAAACCGACAGCCAACUGAAGGCCCUGUUGUUGGAGGAGCAGAUCGAGGAGGAUGAACUGAAGGCUUCAAUCUGUUGGGCAGAGGUGGACAAAACACAACGGAAACGAAAUAACCGAAGAAAGGGAACCGGACUCGGAAUGAAACACUUCGUGUGAAUUAAACUAGAAAAUACUUUAAUGCACGUCUGAACGGGUUUAACGUAGGGGACUGAAUGAAAUGCCAUUCAUUGAUGCGCGCGUGGCGCGCUCGCUCGGCUCUGCUGUGGAGAGUUUUCGCAGGGUUGAUCUCGCCUUCAAUCUCGCCGAAUGCCACACUGAGAGGAAACAGUAUUGCAUACUCCAACACAAUCGAACGAGACAAAAUCCUGGCUGAAAAACGAUUAGCUGCGCCUCAGAUUGAACAAGACCUGGUGCUGAAGACGGAAGAGAGGAAGGCUGAGUUUCUCAGGCGAAAACGUGAGCGUGAACUCAAGAAGGAAGAACUGAAGGCUGGUUCAAGUUACGGCUCGAGCAUCUGCAGUAGCAGGGGUAGCAACUCGAGUGCGUACACCAGUGUAUCCCAACGUGUCACCCAAUGGGUCACCGAGACCACAAAUGUGGAACCAACAAACCCGAACGAUCUACGCCAUGUAAACCUGGAACCAUCAAAUCACGUGGUUCGACAACCCCGUCGCGAGCCUGUGGAGAACGAUUUGCGUGUGCCCGAGCCAGGAGUGAAUGCGAUCCUGCUCGAAGCGUUCAAGGCACUGCAAGGCAGAAACGUGAAGGAUUUGCCACCAUUUUCUGGCGACAUCAUGGAGUGGACGAUUUUCGAGAACGAGUUCAACGCGUCCACUGAGGAGUUUCAACUGACCGAUCGUGAUAACUUGAGACGGUUAAACAAGGCGUUACAAGGUAAGGCACGAAAAACCGUGGAAUCAUUGUUGUCUUCCCCGGACAACGUUACUCAGAUUAUGAGGAUGCUGAAAUCGAAUUUCGGGCGCACGGAAUGGGUCGUGGCCAAUCGAUUGGAAGCGCUGAGGAACCUCGAUGUCGUGAAAGAAGGUAACAUCGAAUCGUUUAGGGCCUUCUACAAUGCUGUUGUCGGUACUAUGGUCGCGAUGCAGAACGCCAAGGCGAGUAAUUAUCUGCUCAAUCCCGAACUCAUUUCACACCUGGCUGAAAAAUUACCUGUCUUCAGUAAGCAAAUGUGGGUUCGACACAAGGCAGCACUAAUGAAGCAAGAUAUCGUCGUGGAUUUCGCCAUUUUCGCUCGCUGGUUGGAGGAUGAGAUGGACAACCAGCUGGCAAGCCUGAAUCCUGCGUUCGGGACGAAGAAACUGAUCAACUCAGCGAAGCCGAAACCCGUCGUAUUCCAUGUCGAUGAUCGUGACGAAGAGGCAGCAAAGAAAUGUCCGCUAUGCUCGGUGGGAUCGCAUUUUAGUCUGGACAAGUGCGGUCAGUUUCGAGGACUCUCUGUUGCCCAACGUCGAACCACCGCUAAGUCGUGUAAAGUGUGCUACAUUUGCCUGAAAUCGGAUUAUGCUAGACGAAACUGUAAGUCUACGAAGAAGUGUUCGGUUUGUGGAAAGAAUCAUCACGAACUGGUCCACAACGAUGAGCCACCACGUGAGUCACCUAGGAGCAACCAGUCUGCUAUGCCGAAUGUCUGCAACGUGAAUGGCAGGAACGUCAACACACUGCUACGUGUAGGAAAGGUGAAGAUCCUGGGUCCAAAUGGCGCUGAGGAAGUUUUCGCUUUGUUUGACGAAGGUUCUUCUCUAUCAAUGAUCGAUGCAAACGUUGCUGCGAUGAUUGGGCUGCAGGGACCGGCAUCUUCUGUGACUUAUCGAUGGACGAACGGUAUUUCUCACAAGGAGGAACAAUCGAUGAUGCUGUCCUUCGACAUCUCUGGACCUUCAGCUCAAGCGAAAUGGUUUAAGGCAAGUCACGUCCGCUCCGUUCAAAACCUCGAUUUGCCACCCGUGAACUUCGACAUCGAAAAGGUGAAGAGAAUGUACCCGAUGCUUGACGAGGAUAAGCUGGUCGCAGUUCACGGCACUCGUCCUUGUAUGCUUCUCGGCUCCAACAACGCUGGAUUGAUUGUGCCACUGAAAACAGUCCAAUAUUCGUUGCAUGGCCUGCAGUUAACUCGUUGUCAUCUAGGUUGGACCGUUCAUGGUUUGAUCGAACCAAGCGAUGCAGGAUCAGAGGACUGUCAUGCGCUAAUAUGCACGGAAGAUGACGACGUCGAGCUAACGAAUCUGGUGAAGCAGGCGUAUAAGGUAGAAGAUUUCGGAAUAACCGGACAGUCUCCGAAGAUGUCUGAUGAAGAUCAACGCGCCGUUGACAUCAUGAACCGCACCGUCACUCGACGUGGAGAACGCUUCGAAGUAGGACAAAUUUACAAGUAUGGCAACUUUUCGUUUCCGGACAGCAAGCCUCAAGCGUUGCAGCGGCUACAGAUGAUCGAGAAGAAGAUGGAUUCUGAUCCGGAGUUUGCUGAGAAGUAUUGCAGCAAAAUUCAAGAUUAUGUCGACAAGGGAUAUGCACGAAAGCUGGAGCCUCAUGAAGUUGAAGAAACACCGAAUACGUGGUACCUGCCGCAUUUUAGCGUGGAAACGACCGGAAAAUUCCGUCUAGUCAUGGAUGCUAAAGCGAAAUCUCACGGUUUCUCUCUCAACGAUUUGUUACUGAAAGGUCCUGAUUUCGUACCCGCCCUGAUCGCGAUCCUAAUGCGCGCUAGGAAGAAGAAGUUUGCGUUUGUGGCGGACAUAAAGGAGAUGUUCCACCAAAUCCUUAUCCGUAGAGAGGACCAGGACUCUCAACGCUUCUUUUUUCGUGGCAUGGAUCGCUCUGCUGACCCUAGCGUGUACAUCAUGAUGGUCAUGAUUUUCGGAGCUGUGUCAUCUCCUUCCAUGGCUCAAUUCAUCAAGAAUUUUAAUGCAAAGGAAUUGGAAGAAGAGUACCCUGGUGUAGAAUGCGCUGUGGUGAAUCAACAUUACGUUGACGAUUAUUUUGAUUGUGCCGACACUGAAGAAGAAGCAAUUCGACUGGUGCAGCAUGUGGUCAAGACGCACGAGCAUGGUGGAUUCCGGCUGGUCAAAUUUGCAUCGAACUCUGGAGCGCUCCUAGACUCCCUGGAUCCUACGUUGGUUGCCGAUCGAACAGGAAAUGAAACACGUGUACUGGGUAUCAGAUGGGAUCUACACUCCGAUGAAUUUGUCUUUUCGCUUGAAUUUCCGAAGUUGGUCGAAGAGUUUCGAACCGGCGAAAGUGUGCCUACAAAACGACAACUGUUAAAGUUCAUGAUGGGCAUUUUCGAUCCUUUAGGCUUGCUUAGUCCCAUCACUAUACAACUAAAAAUCAUCUUCCAAGAACUGUGGCGGUUACAGUCCGACUGGGAUGACGAGAUUCCAGAUGGAUUGGUUCCAAGAUGGAGAGAAUGGUUGGAUCAAACUGCGAAACUGAACGAAAUCCGACUGCCGAGGUAUUAUUUUCCAGAGAUUCCAUCGUUCGCUAAUGCUGAGCUGCAUGCCUUUUGUGACGCUAGUGAUAAGGCCUUCGCUUGCGUCGUUUAUAUAGUCCAUCGUCAUGAAGAUAGGUCGCAUGUCGCAUUAGUCUACGCCAAGGCUAGGGUCGCUCCUCUGAAGAAUUCGACAGUGCCACGUCUGGAGCUCCAAGGCUGUGUUCUUGCGAGUCAAAUGAUAAAAACGCUCCAAGAAGAAAUGAAGAUAGAGGUCACUAAGGUGUACUUCUGGACCGACUCCAAGAUUUGCCUAAGUUGGUUGAAGACGAGUCAGAAGCUGACUGCAUACAUCGGGUCUCGUGUUAUGAAGAUCAAGGAGAAUGGUCACAGCGUUGAUUUGUGGCAUUGGGUACCAUCGCAGUUGAACAUUGCUGAUCUGGCAACAAAGUCAAGCAAAUUCGGCAGUAUGCAAGAAUGGCUCAAGGGUCCGGAUUUCCUGCCACAUGUCAGCACCCGCUGGCCGAUCGACGCGCCGGUAGAACUGUCGCCUGCUGAGUUUGUAAAUUUCCACGCCGAGCUGAUCGUCGAUACUUCCGUUGAUUCGUUGUGCUGCACUGUAUCUGAAGAUUGCUUAAUGGACCUUCCCGAGAUCGAGCGAUUCUCCGACUUCAACCGCCUAAUCAGGACGACAGCAUAUUACCUGAAGAUGAGAAAAAUAUUAGUAUUGCCGAAAACUGAGAAACCGAAACGUUUGAACAUCACUGUUCACGAUAUGGAGGACGCGAGGAAUGUAUGGUACAGGAAGGUACAAUCGGAGGUCUUCGGUGAAGAAAUGCGAAGUCUGGUGCACACCGGUUUUGUGAAAAGCAGUAGCCGCUUGAAAAACUAUUCACCGUUCAUCUGUAAUGGCAUCAUCCGUAUGCGGGGACGUGUGCAAGAGAGUAGUAAACCGUUUGAUGUCAACAACCCCGUCAUUCUUCCCGAUAACCAUCCCUUUUCGAAUCUCCUGAUUCGCAUGUUCCAUAUCGCCAACGGUCACCAGGGUCUUGAAACGGUCGUCAACAACAUUAAACAGCGUCAUCGAAUUCUCAAGAUCCGUUCACAGGUGAAAAAAUACACGGUGUCGUGCAUCAAGUGCCGAGAGCUCCGGGCAAAACCAACCGUUCCACAAAUGGGUAAUCUCCCCCCAGAACGAACGACUCCGUUCGUAUUUCCGUUUUCGAAUACCGGAAUAGAUUAUUUUGGCCCGUUGUCAGUUAAAGUUGGUCGCCGUGUCGAAAAGAGGUGGGUGGUGCUCUUCACCUGCAUGACUUCCAGGGCUGUUCAUCUUGAAGUUGUGCCAUCUUUGGACACGAAUGCCUGCAUAAUGGCCAUCCGAUGUUUUAUGUCCAUUAGAGGAUUGCCGCAACGUAUCAUCACAGACAAUGGUACAAAUUUUACUGGCGCAGACCAAGAGUUGAGAAGGCUUGUAAAAACACUAGAUCAUCCACAGAUCGAAGAUUCGUUGUCUGUCAGAGGCAUAGAAUGGAAGUUUAUUCCCCCUGGUGCUCCACACUUUGGCGGUUGUUGGGAGCGAUUAGUUCGCUCCGUGAAAGGUGCUCUCCGUGCGAUGUUGCGAGAAAGACACCCGACAGAUUUGGUACUGCGCACUGCUCUGUGCGAAGCAAUGAACAUCGUUAAUAACAGGCCGCUAACUCACGUUCCAAACGAUCCUCAAGAUGCUGAACCAUUAACACCAAACAUGUUACUGCUUGGGCGAAACAACACUGUUCAGUUUGACCACGACUUCGAUGAAAGAGAUCUCGAUUGUCGUGCAGCGUACAAGCAUGCUCAAAUCUACGCAGAUCGCUUCUGGCGCAAAUGGAUUGUGUCGUAUCGUCCAGAGUUACUGAAAAGCUGCAAGUGGCCUGAUAACCGAAACUAUUAUGAGUACCACGUUGGAGAUUUGGUUAUGUUAGUUGAUGAAACCCUACAUCGAGGAAACUGGCCAAAAGGAAUAAUCGAAAAAACGUAUAAGGGUCCAGAUGGUAAGGUCAGAACCGUUUCGAUCAAGACUUCAAGAUCAACGUAUACGAGGCCCGUCAGCAAGAUCGUGCUACUACAACCCAUCAGCUUUUCUUCGGGCUCGGAGAAUGUCGCCAACAGUACCACCAGGUAAGCAUUUUUGCUCGGGUAUCGUUGGCGUCCCGACGUCGCACGUGGUUGCCAUGCCAACGGGGUGCAACCCAUCGCAGCGAUCGCAGCAAGCGGCGAUUCAAAUUUAUAUAUGUGAAAAUUUUCCACCUGCGAGCACGCGUGCAACUGAACGCUCUGAAUUGAAAAAUCAAACAAUUAAUGUAAAUCUAGACCUAAAUUAGUGAAUAAAUCUUAAAUUAUAGUUAAAACUAGUGUGUUAUUUUUUAAUUAAACAUAAGUGACUUUGGCGAAAUAAACAGGAGAAAAGCAGGUGAGUGUGACCGAGGCCCCCGUAUAGUGGCCUUUCGGGACUGCCAGCUGAAUUUUAUAUUGGCCCUUCUUCCCCGGCAGGUGAGUGUGACCGAGGCCCCCGUAUAGUGGCCUUUCGGGACUGCCAGCUGAAUUUUAUAUAAAGGUUGCAUGAAUCACAUCACUUACCAAAGUGAAUCCAGAUCAUGUGACUCUCCUUCCCCACUAACAAAUACUACUUCCUGUGACAGUCGUGGAGAAGAUGAGGUGAUCUCGGUCUCUAGUAGCAACGUACGUCACACUACCAUUCCUCUCCUUCCUCGAUGACCGUAAGGACGUGGCCGGCGCCGUUAUUGACCUAAUAAAGUUUGGAAUUCUCGAACUGUGCACACUGAGAGCGGUAGCUACUCCCAAGCUCCGUUUGUUGGUUCCUUGUGCAAUUUCGAUUGUUCCGGUCAAUCACGGAGUAGCAACUACGAAAUGUACGGUCAUCUAUGCUCAUGCUCAAGCUCAUGCUCAAUUAUACUUCGAUUUGGCCUACAUUUUCGAUGAUAGGAUGAUUUUGAUGGCUGCGGUAGGACAUUAACAGCUGCGGUAGAACUCGACGGCUAUCGCAGAGUGGAAAUUUUUCUAAAAAUUCGCAAUAUAUCUGUCUGAUGUGGAUACAUAUGAUUGCAAUCAUUACUUCCAUUCCCUUCCCCACAUUGACCGGCAACCAGACGUCGCAGGCGCCAUUCUCGCCCAAAAAUAGAAGAUCACCAACGCUCACACACUGAAGAUGACUGCUAGUCCCCGGCAGAUCUCAUUGGUUCCUUAUGUGAGUGGUGAUACUGGAGUAGCAUCCACGGUUGGCCAAUGAAGCUCAAGCUCUUAAAAAGUGGUUUAAGCGCAGUUUCGAGUUCGAAAGGAAUCGCUCAAGAAACUUCUUGUGUGAUUUCUGGCAGAAACUUUCUUCGGUGACUGCCAUUUGAACUGUCAUUUCUUCGCUACUGCGUACUGCGAUCGAAGUAAAACCAGUUUCUUGAGCGAUUCAGGCAAGGAAUUUCCCAUGCAUCAAGAUAGGCUGAGAAAUUCCUUCUGAUCUGCAAACAACGCUUUAAGCACUGU